ACUUUCAACCAUUUCAUUAAACGACGACGGUUUGGUCCCUGGUUCUGUAAACCUAAUCCUAAGCUUAGUAGUCCCUCCCUCACUCACUCUUCCACUCACUCCGAUCGCCACCGUCAACUCUCCGGCGACUCUUUUCUCACGUCACGCAAAGCAAGAAUGAAUGGUAUUACUUUCGCUCUAUAAUUCAACUUGACGUUCACUCUCUUCAUCACCAUGCUUUCUCGUUUAAUCCCUAAACCCUCUCAUCUUCGUCGCUUCCUCUCUCUUCCGUUGAAGCCGCCCCAUGUACCUGCGAAACCCUACUUCAUCACCGUCGUUGCUCCUAAACACUUCUCCACCAACAGUGGCGGCAACGGCGAUGGAAAGGAUCCCUUCUCGAAGCACCUGUGGAACGAUUUUCGGGAGACCGACGAAAAGUUCGGCGCUUUAUUCGAGGAGGAGAGUGGAAGCCUUGCUGGAAUAAACGAAGAGGGUGGGAAAAGGGAGGAGCAGAACUGGGUGCAAGAGGAAGAACGGGGGUGGUUGCAAGAGAAGGGUCUCGACGAGAAAGACGAGGAUGCUAUAUUUAAAGGGAUCGAGCAGGAAAGUGGAGAUGCGGGUGGUGGAGGUGGUGCUAUUGAUGGUUGGAAUUUUGGAGUUGGGGAAGGAGAGGACUUCAAACCCUGGAACUUGAAGGGAGAGGACAAAGAGGAUGUGUUUGAUUUCAAAGAGGAUGAUGUGGAACAUGAAAGGGGCAUCCCUGCUUUGGAUGGUAAGCCCGAAGUGGAUGUUGAACAGCUCAAGAAGGAAGAGCAAGCUCUCACUGCUGUUGUCAAAGGUCCAAAACGUGCAUUUGGUGAUUUGAUUGCUGCUUCUGGAAUCACGGAUGAAAUGCUUGACAGUUUGAUUGCGUUGAAAGACUUCGACGGGGUUGAUGGGUUGCCCCCUCUUAGUGUAAUUGAAGACAUGCGGUAUGAGAGGAAUACUAGAAAAUCCACUAGAGGUGAAAUGGAGCGUCUGAAGCAAGAGGAAGCUGCAAAGGCUAGAGUGAAACAAGUUGAUGACAAAGGUCGUGCCUAUGGAACAGGAAGAAGGAAAUGCAGUGUUGCCCGUGUCUGGGUUCAGCCUGGUAAUGGUAAAUUUAUAGUUAAUGAUAAAGAGUUUGAUGUAUAUUUUCCUAUGCUUGAUCAUCGCGCCACGCUCCUCCGACCUUUCUCUGAGACAAAGACACUGGGGCUCUGGGAUGUCAAUUGUACCGUGAAAGGAGGCGGUGUUUCAGGGCAAGUUGGAGCUAUACGAUUAGGGAUCAGCAAGGCUUUGCAAAACUGGGAACCAGAUUUGCGGCCUGCACUGAGAAAUGCUGGUUUCCUAACGAGGGACUCACGAGUGGUAGAAAGGAAAAAGCCAGGAAAGGCAAAAGCAAGAAAAAGUUUCCAAUGGGUCAAGCGUUGAUACUACGAGUACCUUUGUCUGGAUGGCCAUUUUUUGUCUGGAAUAUUAGCAUUCCUCAAUAACAUAUUGAAAUUCAUUUAUCUUGUACUGCAUCAUCCUUGAUGUAAUCAGCGUUUGGAUUUCAAUGACUCAACUGUAGAAAAUUUUGUUCACGGAUAUGUUAGGAUUCAUUCACUCUGGUAUUUUUCCCUUUAAUCUUCCUUUUGCCCAAUCAA